AUGGCUCCGUCUGCCUCUGUCAAAACAACUUUUGCCAAGGCAGCUUAUGUCGGGGAUGUCUCCGCACUCGCCCUUCUGCCUUGGCCCUCCCUUACCUCCCUCCACUAUAAAUCGCGCCGCACACAGACUGGCGCCGCUGCCUCUCACGAAGAGUCGUGUGCACAGCGCGGGGGAGAGGAGAAGGAGGAGGCGGGCCAAGCAGCGGCGCGCGAGGAGCGGGCUGACCGGCACAGCGAGCAAUGCGCGGGCGCCGAUAAAUGCGCGGGCGCCGAUAAGUUCGCGGGCGCCGAUAAAUGCGCGGGCGUCCAUGCGUUCGACCACCAUGCGUCAGCUCUUGUGCUCGCAGGUGCGCCUAGCUGCACGCGCACACAAGCCUCUUUCCCUCAAACACGCGCAAACGCUCGUCUCCGCGCACCCGCCAACCGCUUCCCCCUGUUCGCCACUGCGCCCGCCGCUUGCCCAUUCCCGCCUCCCCUUCCGCCCUGCCUCGCCCGCGCGCCCCCCGCCUCCGCCUCCCCCGCGCCCCCUCUGCUCGUCUACCCCGCAUGCCCUCCCCUCCCCCGCCACGCCUCUCAUCCCUCCGCCCCCCCUCAUCCCACCCUCCUCCCUCUCCUCGCUCCAGUCCACACUCACUUCCCCCCCCCUGCAUUCUCUCCUUCAGUCCCUCCCCGCUCCCCCUCUGCCUCCUCUUCCUCCUUUCCCCUUCUCCUUCCCCCUUCCCCCCCCUGCCCGCCCCCGCCAGCCAUGGGGCCCACGCUGCGCUGCUACCACCUGCCGUCGGGGCGGCUGCUGGCAGCCGUUGAUGUGUUCGACGGCGUGCGGAUCCACGGGAUCGUGCCACGUGGCAGCCGAGGAGUGGGCGGCGCUGUGUGGACCCGCGAGGGCGAGGGCGAGGGGAGGGGGGAAGUGGCAGCAGCGGUGGUGGUAGUGCAUGGGGAGAGGCGGGUGAAGCUGGUGGUGCUGACGGUGCAGGAAGCAGCACAGGGGGCGGUGACAGUGACAGCGCAGCAGCAGGGCGUGGGGGAGCGGAGAGUGACAGCGGAGCAGGGGGAUGUGGGGCAGGGGGUGGGUGGGAGUGCGGGAGUGCGGAUGGCGGUGGGUGCAAGUGUGCCGUGCAGGGACCACUGGGUGUGUGACGCCGCCCUGCUGCCCUGCCCUGUGCACGCCCAUGCCACGCAGGCGGGCGUGCUGGCGGUGGGGCUGAGUGACAACAGCGUGGAGCUGUGGGCCACAGCAGCCACUGGAUCGGAUGGGACGUGCGGCCAGGAUGGCACCGGGGAGUUUUCUCUGAGGCUGCUGCGCUCUGUGGCUUGCUCAGGCACGCACCUCCCUUCCCCUCCCCUCCCCUCCCCUUGGCACCAUGCCAUGCCUGCUUGCACCCUGCUGCCAUGCACCACAGCUUGCGAGGGAAGCAGGACUGCACCCUGGAGCCAUGUUCUCAUCAUGCAUACACACUGA